AUGAAUAUGAACCCAUUCAAACAAAAACCACUCCCGCCAACACCACCACCCCGCGUACCCUCAGAUACAAUUAUCCCAGCUCACUUCUGGGACGACGUGCCGUAUACUCGGGGUAUAUGUCUCAACUUCACACUCAAAUUCGAAGAUGUGCUCGAUCCAGCGAAACUGCGAAGCGCUCUCGAGCGACUGCUGCGAUGUGGAGAGUGGAGGAAACUUGGUGCUCGGCUUCGUCUGAAUGAUGGAGGAACGCUGGAGUACCAUAUCCCUGAACUAUAUACCGAAGAACGACCCGGUUUCAUCUUCACGGUUGAUGAUAGUAGUGCUACCGAUAGCAUCUACGUGCAUCCACUAGCAUCAGAUCUUCCAACGACAACAUCACCAUCAAAUCAGACCCCAGACUCAUUCAAUAUAUUCGACUGCUCCUCCAAAUUUACUCCCAUCCUCAUCCACAAAUCAGCCCCAACCAGCCUCUCCUCGUACCUCUACUCCGACAACCCGCAACUAUUCAUCCACACCGUCCUCUUCAACGACGCAACCCUACUAACAGUAACAUUCCCGCACACCCUCACAGACGCAAUGGGUCUAUCUGGAUUUCUUCACGCAUGGACAGCUAUUCUAUCCUCCCAAACAGAUCGGACAAAAGAAGAAGAAGAAGAAGAAGAAGAAGAAGAAGAAGAAGAAGAAGAAGAAGAAGAAGACCAGCAGAAGAAAAUCUCCCCAUUCCUCGGAUUCGAUACCGAUCUGCUCGAAUCACAAUUCGACUCCCAUAUCCCCGCGCACCGACAUAUCCUUUCAUCCCAGGUCUUCGGACAACUAGGGAUCAUAGGACUGGUGGCUAAGCGCUGGUGGGAGAACUACUCCUAUCCCACAUUGGAGGAUAGAAUGCUGCUCAUACCGGGGAAGUAUAUCCAGCACCUAAGAAGACAAGCACAAUCCGACCUGGGAACCGACUUCUUCAUCAGCGAAAGCGACGUCCUCCUAGCGUGGAUAUCAAACCUGAUAAUGACAGCGCGCAACGACAAUCCGUCAACACAAGUGAUGAUCCAGAACGUCUUCGACAUCCGCUCUGUACUUGGCCUCUCUUCUGGACCAGGUGUUGCUGGGAGGGGGGUGUAUGUCGGCAACGCGACAUUCCCAGCGUGCACAGCGACAACAGCACAUCGACUCCGAGACGGGUCCUUGAGUCAAACAGCCCGUGAUAUAAGGAUGUCCCUCGAGCAGCAACGCACUCCGGAGCAGGUCCACGCCAUGGCGUCGCUGAGGAGACAAACUCUCCGAGACACGGGUUUCCUGCCUAUCUUCGGAGAUCCGAGACAGGUGCAGGUUACGUGCACGAAUUGGCACCGCGCGCGGUUCUUUGAGGUUGAUUUCGAGGGUGCUGUUUCGGGUGGGAAGAAGGGAAAGUGUAGACCGAUGUAUAUUAAUACCGCUGGUCCGGAGCCGUUGGGGCCGCUUGUUGCGAGGAAUUUGGUUACUGUUACCGGGAAGGAUGGGGAGGGGAAUUGGUGGGUGCAGCUUGUUGUGAGGGUUGAGGUUUGGGAUAGGAUUGGGGAGAUGCUGAGGGGGAUUAGCUUGGAUGAAUAG